CCCACUGCCGUCUUGGAUCAGCCUCUGCGGAUGCACUGCCAGACCUGCGCCCUGGUGACCAGCUCCGGUCACCUCCUCGGAGGCGGGAGGGGAGAGGAGAUCGACCGGGCCGAGUGCGUCAUCCGCAUGAACGACGCGCCCACCGCCCGGGGGUUCGCCCGGGACGUGGGCCGCCGCACCUCCCUGCGUGUCAUCGCCCACUCCAGCAUGCAGAGGGUCCUGCGGAGCCGCCACGAGCUGCUCAACGCCAGCCAGGACACGGUGUUCGUCUUCUGGGGCCCCAGCAGCUACAUGAGGCGCGACGGGAAGGGCCUGGUGUACAACAACCUGCGGCUCAUGAACCAGGUGCUGCCCAAGCUCAAGGUCUACAUCAUCUCCUGGCAGAAGAUGCUGCAGUUCGACGAGCUCUUCAAGAAGGAGACGGGCAAAGACAGGAGGAUAUCAAACUCGUGGCUGAGCACCGGCUGGUUCACGAUGACCAUCGCCCUGGAGCUGUGUGAUAGGAUCAACGUGUACGGCAUGGUGGCCCCGGACUUCUGCAGGGAGCCUCAGCACCAGUCCGUCCCCUACCACUACUACGAGCCCCGGGGCCCGGACGAGUGCGCCAUGUACAUUUCCCACGAGCGCGGGCGGCGGGGCAGCCACCACCGCUUCAUCACGGAGAAGCGGGUCUUUGCCAGCUGGGCUCGGACGUUUGACAUGCACUUCUACCAGCCGGACUGGACCCCCCCGCCGCUGCCGGCCAACCGGACGCUGCAGGGGGGGGCCACGGGGGCGCCGCUGCUGCCCCAGAAGACGUGA